ACUUCCGGUGUUUCCGUAUGUGGUGUUGUCAUCUUGACAGAGUUGUGAUCAGCCAUAAAUGCAGAUGUUGUGCAUUUGUGCGUCAUUUCACACGGAGUGUCCACUCUGCUAAUGGUCACCAUGAAAUCGUCCCUUCUUCUGCUUUGCUGUGCUUUCUCAGCACUGGCGCUGGACCAAGUGAACAAGCCGCCUGCAACUGUGACCCCUGCCAAAGAGUUGACUAGCAAGGGCAAGCCUGAUCCUACCCGCAAGUACACCACAGCUACACCUGUAUCCACCACCGUGCACAUGACAACCAACGCUACAACCGACCCUGCUCCCUCAACCAACGCUACAACCGACCCUGCUCCCUCAACCAACGCUACAACCGACCCUGCUCCCUCAACCAACGCUACAACCGACCCUGCUCCCUCAACCAACGCUACAACCGACCCUGCUCCCUCAACCGACCCUGCUCCCUCAACCAACGCUACAACCAACCCGGCACCUGUAACCAACGCUACAACACCUUUGCCAGCCACCAACACAACCAGCAAGCCGACAGACGCUCCUCCUCCUCCUCCCAAGCCCACGCCACCCACCAGCUUAAGGGUCGGCAACUACACCCUGAUGAAGGACAAGGUGGUCUGCCUGAUGGCUCAAAUGGCGCUGCAGAUCCGCCUGAUGACACCAAAGGUCAACGGGACUUUUGUGGUUCAGCCCAAUAAGACCAAAGCAGCUGGGGGGUGCCAGGAAAGCACGGCCAACCUCACUCUGGUCUUCCAGGAGGGUUUCAUCACCUUCAUGUUCAACAAGAACGCAUCUGAAAACACGGUGUACGUGAAUGCGCUGUCCUUUAACAUCUCCUACCCUUUCAGCACAGCCAACGGACAGUAUGCUGCCAACAACCAGUCGAUGCACAACUUUGCAGCAAAAAUUGGCCACUCCUACUCGUGCAAGAGCGAGUCUCUCUACAUGGGGAAUGGACUGUAUUUGGACAUCAAGCAAGACAGGAUGCAGGCCUUCAAUCUGACCAUGAGCAACGAAUUUGGAAUUACUGACUCGUGUGUAGCCGACCAGCCGGAUUAUCGCGUGGCCAUUGCAGUGGGAAUCACACUCCUGGUGCUCAUCUUGGUGGUGGUGGUGGUGUACUUCUUGGGCCGCAGGAGGAGGACGGAUGGCUACCAGUCGCUGUGAGGCCACCAUGCCCCAGAUGUGUCUGGGGUGAGGCAGAGUGCGCUCUCAUGGGGGCACUGAAGGGCACAUCUUUGUCAAAAUGUCUCAUUGAAAUCACUUUAUUUUUGUCCACAUUUUGUUUUAGUAUUCUGUUUUAAAUUGAUUUUAUUCAGAGAAUCGUACUCCUUUGUGGUUGCCUUUUUUAGCAAACGACCUAUACAUCCUAAUGUGUUAUUUUAUUUUGACUUUUCAAAAAGGGAUGAUUAAAAAGAUGCUAUUUGUGUAACCUUGUCAGGUAAUGUAUUGAUCAAUAAUAAUUGCACUGAUUGCUGUCACGGGCGAGGUUGUCCAUACGCCUGAAGAGAAGCCCUAUGUCUAGCAUUCUGACUUCUAAGGACAUAAUGUGGAUUGUUUACAAUAUAGCUUAGCGGGGCCACAAAUAGAGGCAUGAAAGAUUUGUCAAUAUUUCUUCUGUGUUCUACAUGUUACGAGAGUGUACCAUUCUGGGCUGAUGCUGAUUCUAGCUGUUGAUGCCUUUUUUUCCCCCAAUUUGAAUGCCUUUUUUGCCAUUAAAGAACGACAUGUUUAUAAUAA